CUCUGAGGCCUGCUUUUUAAAAACCGACGCGUGACGUUAUCGCUAGGCGACUUCAUCUUUGUCAGUGAACAAAAUGGCGCCGUACUAUGUCCUAGUCAGUCGGUUACAGCAAGCCUUGGGCAAAAAUGUUCGGCGAUACCAUGUCAGUGCCGUCCUGUGCCAGAGGGCCAAGGUGGCUAUGAGCCAGUUUGAGUCCAAUGAAUACAUAAAUUAUGAAAAACUUGAGAAAAACAUCAACAUUGUCCGGAAAAGACUGGACCGUCCCCUUACCCUGUCAGAGAAGAUUGUAUAUGGCCAUUUAGACGACCCUGUGAAGCAGGAAAUUGAGAGGGGCAAGUCAUACCUUCGCCUGCGGCCAGACCGUGUGGCAAUGCAGGAUGCCACUGCCCAGAUGGCCAUGCUGCAGUUCAUUAGCAGUGGAUUGCCCAAAGUCGCUGUUCCCUCAACUAUCCACUGUGAUCACCUUAUUGAAGCACAGCUAGGCGGUGAGAAAGAUCUCAGAAGAGCAAAGGACAUUAAUCAAGAAGUGUACAACUUCCUAGCAACAGCAGGUGCCAAGUAUGGAGUAGGUUUCUGGAAACCUGGAUCAGGAAUCAUCCACCAGAUCAUCUUGGAAAAUUACUCAUAUCCUGGUGUUAUGCUGAUUGGUACGGAUUCCCAUACUCCUAAUGGAGGUGGCUUGGGUGGAAUCUGUAUUGGAGUCGGUGGAGCUGAUGCUGUUGAUGUUAUGGCUGGAAUCCCAUGGGAACUGAAAUGCCCAAAGGUAAUUGGUGUAAAACUGACUGGCACACUGUCAGGCUGGAGCUCUCCUAAAGAUGUAAUCCUGAAGGUGGCUGGCAUUCUUACUGUGAAAGGUGGUACAGGAGCCAUCAUAGAAUAUCAUGGGCCUGGAGUAGACUCUAUCUCUUGCACGGGAAUGGCAACUAUCUGCAACAUGGGAGCAGAGAUUGGUGCUACCACUUCCAUCUUCCCUUACAAUUCUCGGAUGAAGAAGUAUUUGUCCAAGACUGGGCGAACAGAAAUUGCUAGCUUGGCAGAUGAGUUCCAAGAACACUUGAAGCCUGAUCCUGGCUGUCCUUAUGAUCAGCUAAUUGAAAUUAACCUCAAUGAACUGAAACCCCUUAUUAAUGGGCCUUUCACUCCAGAUUUGGCACACAGUGUGGAAGAGAUUGGCUCUGUGGCUGAAAAGAAGGGCUGGCCAGUAGAUAUCAGAGUUGGUCUUAUUGGCAGCUGCACCAAUUCAAGUUAUGAAGACAUGGGCCGCUCCGCUGCAGUGGCAAAGCAAGCACUUGCCCAUGGGGUUAAAUGCAAGUCUCAGUUCACCAUUACACCUGGCUCUGAGCAGAUCCGUGCCACUAUUGAAAGGGAUGGCUAUUCCAAAACCCUCCGUGAUGUUGGUGGAAUAGUUCUUGCCAAUGCUUGUGGGCCCUGCAUAGGCCAGUGGGACAGAAAGGAUAUCAAAAAGGGAGAAAAGAAUACAAUUGUUACCUCUUACAACAGAAACUUCACUGGCCGCAAUGAUGCCAACCCAGAAACCCAUGCCUUUGUGACUUCACCAGAGAUUGUAACAGCUCUCUCUCUUGCUGGCACCCUGAAAUUUAACCCUGAAGUCGACUAUCUGACAGGAGCAGAUGGAAAGAAGUUCAAACUUGAUGCACCUGAUGCUGAUGAGUUACCCAAACUGGAAUUUGAUCCAGGGCAGGACACCUACCAGUACCCCCCCAAGGAUGGCAGCAGCCAGCAUGUGGAUGUGAGCCCCACCAGCCAGCGCUUGCAGCUCCUUGAGCCCUUUGAUAAAUGGGACGGCAAGGAUCUGGAAGACAUGCUCAUCCUCAUAAAGGUGAAAGGGAAAUGCACAACUGACCAUAUCUCAGCAGCAGGUCCCUGGCUCAAAUUCCGUGGCCAUUUGGACAACAUUUCAAACAACUUGCUGAUUGGUGCCAUAAACAUUGAGAAUGACAAGGCCAACUCAGUAAGGAAUGCAUUAAACCAGGAGUUUGGGCCUGUUCCUGACACAGCCCGCUAUUACAAGAAACAUGGUGUUAAUUGGGUUGUAGUUGGGGAUGAAAACUAUGGUGAGGGCUCAAGUCGGGAGCAUGCAGCAUUGGAACCACGACACCUGGGAGGAAGAGCCAUCAUUGUCAAGAGCUUUGCAAGAAUUCAUGAAACAAAUUUGAAGAAGCAGGGUCUGCUGCCACUAACCUUUGCUGAUCCGGCUGAUUAUGACAAGAUUCACCCAGUGGACAAGCUUAGUAUCGUGGGCCUGAAAGAUUUUGCUCCUGGAAAGCCCCUAAAAUGCAUCAUCAAGCACCCCAAUGGGAGCCAAGAGACAAUUACGUUGAACCACACUUUCAAUGAGACUCAGAUCGAAUGGUUCCAAGCUGGAAGUGCGCUGAACAGAAUGAAGGAGCUGCAGAAGAAGCAUUGAGCCCACACAAGUACGCACAUUCAGUGGACUUUGCCGUCUUCAUAAAAAGUGCAAUUCCACAAUGAUUCUUGGGAGUAAAUGUCUGUGAUCAAAUGUAACCUUAGCUUCCUCUUUGUUACAGUGCUCAGUUGCUGACACUAAUACGAGUACUGCUUUUUGCAUUAUCAGGUUCUGGCUUUCAUAGCUGCCUCCAUUUGAUGCAUUUCAGUUGUCCCAUGUUGCUUUGUAUUUAUUUACUGAUGAAUUUUCUGCCCAAUCAUUACCGUGAUGGUGAAAGGAUGAAAAAUAAGGAGUAUUCUUCUUGUGAAAACAUGAAAUAAAGAUUGUGACUGACA